GGAGGAGCGCUAUAGAUUGUUCUCUACUAGGUUCACAAGGAAUUGCUUGGAGAAAUUCCGGUCUUUGCCUAAGGGUACCUAUGUACCAUAUAUAAGGAAUAUGUCUACUGUGGCUUCCGUAGGUGUUGAAAGUAAGGAGGGACUGAAGCUUCUAGUAAAUGGAGGACCACGCGCUCAGAGAAUUGUUGGCACUUGGCUUUUUACCUCUGCUGCUUGGGUAUUCAGUAUGGUGAUACUUGGCGGUAUUACACGUUUAACGCGAUCAGGUCUAUCAAUGACUGAUUGGAAGUUUACUGGGGGCCUUCCUCCUCUAUCAGAUGAGGAUUGGUUGGUUGAGUUUGAGAAGUACAAGCAGUCCCCUGAGUAUAAACGUGUAAACAAAGGGAUGAGUAUUGAAAAAUUCAAAUUUAUAUACUGGAUGGAAUAUGCACAUCGUAUGUGGGGAAGGGCAUUGGGUGUCAUGUUCGCAUUGCCAUUCUCAUAUUUUCUCAGUAAAGGGUAUAUCACCUUACCACUUGGAUUAAGACUCUCUGCUCUGUUUGGCCUUGGUGCUGGUCAGGGUCUAAUUGGCUGGUGGAUGGUUAAAAGUGGUUUAGAGGAACCAGCCUCUGAAUAUGCUCAGCCAAGAGUAAGCCCUUACCGUCUUGCAGCUCAUCUUACUUCAGCCUUUGCUAUAUACUGUGGGCUUUUAUGGACUGGUCUUUCUGUUAUGAUGCCUGAACCACCUUCUAAAUCAGUAGCUUGGGUUCAUGGGGCAGCAAAAGUAAAGAGACUGGCUCUUCCUGUCAGCUUGCUUGUUGGAGUUACUGCUGUUUCUGGUGCAUUUGUUGCCGGGAAUGAUGCUGGGCAUGCUUAUAACACUUUUCCAAAGAUGGGAGACACAUGGAUCCCUGAAGAUGUUCUUGACAUGAAACCACUAAUCCGGAACUUCUUUGAGAAUACAUCUACUGUGCAGCUCGACCAUCGAAUCCUUGCAACCGCAACUUUAGCUUCGAUUGGCGCCCUGUGGUGGACAACAAGGAAGUUCGACACACACCCUAUAGUUCGUUCUUUGAUCAGAACCACUCUCAGCAUGGCUGCCCUUCAGGUCACACUUGGAGUAUCCACACUUCUGUCCUAUGUGCCUGUUGAGCUAGGAACCGCACAUCAAGCUGGAGCUUUGACUCUCUUGACCUUAAUGAUCCUUCUGAAUCACACAGUCCGCAAGCCAUCACCUUUCUUUCUUAAAUCUCUGCCUCAGGCGUCCAAGAAAAUCUAGGUGUCUCUGACUUUGCUGUACAUUUCUGUAAGAAAAAGGAUUUUACCAUUUUACUCUAGGAUUUCAUUUUGUUGGGAUAAACACGAACCGCUCUCGUAGCCAUGCAGUAAGUAACUACGUGUCAAACAUUCCAUAACCACCUGUCCACAUUUGCUCAAAGAAGCUGCCACAUAAGCCUUCAUUUCCACACUAUAAAACCUCAGUGUCCCAAUCCAGAAGCAAGCCACAUUGUCAUAGGAGAUUGCUCAAGUAACAGAGAUAGUAAUAGGAUGGAGGGUCGACAUCAACAACAGGGUCAGGGCAUUGGUCUGGUUCAGGGUCGGCAUCAACAGCAGGCAUCUGGCACCGUGGUGGUUGUGGCAUCCGUCACUGGCUUAGCCAUUGGAGGGUCACUUCUUGGCUUGAUGGGGUUCAGCUUCUUGGCAUCAUUGACACUACUACUCUUCAUCUCCCCACUCUUGUUGAUCUUCAGUCCUCUCCUGUUGUUCACUGCGUUUGUGUUUGUGGGAUCACUUGCCGGGUUUGCUGCAGCUGCCACCAUGGCUCUCACCGGCAUGUCUGCUCUGGGGUGGAUUUAUCAGGAGGUUGGAGGCCAGAGGCUUCUGGGUUUUGGCGGCGUCGAUACGGCAAGUAGAGUGAAGGAGCAAGGGAGACUGACAAUAUGAUUGGAUUGAUUUUUUGUUCUUUCGCUCUUCAUGUAAAAUGUUUGAUUGAUAAUAUGAUCCACGGGGUUGUAUCAAAUCAAAUGUCUAUUACUAAAAGACCAUAUCACCUUAAAAUUC